CAUUUACCGCAUUUACCGCUUGCCUCCACAGUUGUUCCCCUUUCGCGAAUUCUUCAGGUGUUGCUACAAACAUUUUUGAGAAAAGUCUUCAAAAGCCUGAAAAGGAGAAAUGGAUCCACUUUUUCUGGCCUACAGUUAUUACAGGAGGAAGAAGUAUGAACAGUGUACAGAAAUAUGUUCGCAAUUAUUGGAGAAAAAUCCAUACGAUCAGGCUGCAUGGACAUUAAAGACAAGAGCAUUGACAGGACAAGUGUAUGUGGAUGAAGUGGAUGUUGACGAGGAAGGGAUUGCUGAGAUGGUAAUGGAUGAUAACACAAUUGCCCAGGUAUCCAGACCUGGAACGUCACUGAAACAGCCAGGGACAGGACGAGGGGCACCUAGCCAGGGAGUCAGGCCAAUGUCACAAUCUGGUCGCCCACUAUCUGGAUUUGUCAGACCAAGCACACAAGGAGGCAGACCAGGCACCAUGGAGAAGGCAAUAAUGACCCCUCGGACUGCACACACGGCCCGCCCCGUCACUAGUGCCUCAGGUCGCUUUGUCAGGCUAGGAACGGCUUCUAUGCUCUCUACACCAGAUGGUCCCUUUAUCAAUCUGGCCAGGCUUAACUUCACAAAGUAUGCAGCUAGACCUAAUUUAGCCAAGGCUUUAUUUGAAUACAUAUUCCACCAUGAAAAUGAUGUUCGAAAUGCAUUAGAACUUGCUGCCUUAGCAACAGAAGCCUGUCAGUUCAAAGAUUGGUGGUGGAAAGUACAGCUGGCAAAGUGUUAUUACAGACUUGGGAUGUACAGAGAUUCUGAGAGGCAGUUGAAGUCUUCCCUGAAGCAGCAGGAUCACGUAGACACCUACCUGUAUCUUUGUAAGGUGUACUGUCGACUGGAUCAGCCCCUCACUGCCAUAGAGGUCUACAAACAAGGAUUGGAAAAGUUCCAAGGGGAGACCACUCUUAUGACAGGAAUCGCAAGAAUAUAUGAAGGGAUGAAUGAUAUGGAUAAUGCAGUGAAGUUUUACAAAGAUGUGCUGAAUUAUGACAGUAUGUAUGUUGAAGCCAUAGCCUGUAUCGCCACUAACCACUUCUACACUGACCAACCGGAAGUAGCUCUCAAAUUUUACAGACGUUUACUUCAAAUGGGGGUAUAUAAUGCUGAACUAUUCAAUAACCUUGGUUUAUGCUGCUUCUAUGCUCAGCAGUAUGACAUGACCUUGACCUGUUUUGAGAGAGCUUUAUCAUUAGCAGAGGAAGUUGCCCUUGCAGAAGUUUGGUACAAUAUAGGACAUGUAGCAUUGGGUAUUGGAGACAUUACACUGGCUUACCAAGCAUUUAGACUCACCUUAGCCAAUAAUAACGACCAUGCAGAGGCCUAUAAUAAUCUGGGUGUUUUAGAACUAAGAAAAGGACAUGUAGAAAUGGCUCGAGCAUUUUUCCAGGCUGCACUUAGUUUAUCCCCUCAUAUGUAUGAACCUCAUUACAACUGGGCAGCCCUAGCAGAUCAGCUUGGUGACCUGCAGAGCAGUUACAAUGCAGCCAAGCGGGCGGUAGAGGCAUUCCCAAACCAUGUAGACUCGAAGGAACUUCUGAAACAGUUAAAACAUCACUUUUCUUUGCUUUAGAAAUACUAUAAAAAACAGUUCAUAACCAACCUCCGAGGACAGUCACAUGAUUAUCUCUUUUAAGGUGUUUUUAUUUUGUAAGAAAAAUAUCAUUUGAUUAUACAUGUAUAACUAUGAUUUCUACAAACAAUGUCUACUGUGUAUGUAAACUAUUAAAAUGUUCAUGUGUAUUAUGGGCAGAAAAGAUGGGAACUGAAAAUCUAUUUGCCAAACUGUUAUAGGCGAAAUACUUCGCCUGUAAUUAUUGAAAGACAUGUUCCAUUAUUUAUUUUGUUCUUUUGUUUUGCAUUUGCGAGAUGACAAUUAAGGAGAAAUAAAAUGCUGUUUUCAUACUUUAGGUAUGCAAGGUACAUGUAUCAGAUUUGGUAGUGAUGUCUAUACGUCUGUACGUUUAGGGUUUUCUGUUUUCAUUUCUCUGUCACAUAUCAAUCUACACUUGCUAUGUAGCUACUUUGUGGGUCACUCAUGUUGCUAUUUUGAUCCAUUUCAUACUCUCUUGCUGGAGUUCUGCCCCUUUAUUUGAAAUCUAAUGUUGUAUGGUACAUGAUUUGUCUGCCUAACUCCUCCCACACUUUUCAAGUGAGGACCUUCCUAUUUUACAGAAUCUUUGUAUGGGUAUUGAAGAUGUGCAUGUGGCAAAGAUUUUUAUUUUCUUCAAUUUUUCAGAAAAUUACAGGUUGUUGAACUUACUUGUCACUUUGGAAUAAAUAUUACCUGAUUUGUCCAUCCAAGUCCUCCCCAGUUUUCAAGCUAAUGCCUUUGUAAAAACUUGAAGAUGUGCAUAUUGCAAGGAAUUUGAUUCUCAACAUCCUAAGUCUGUUUGAUGUUUGAAAAUAUUAGAGGUUGUUGAACUUAGUCAAUCUUGGGGAAAUAUUUUACACAUACAGCUAUUUAACUCCUGUCACAGUUUUUAAGCUAAGACCUUAUAUUUAUACAAUACAAAAGAAAGUAUGUUGCAGCUUAUGAUGGCUGAUACUACCUUCAGUAAAGUUCUACAACUCAUGGCUUAAGAAAAACACCCUAUAUAAAGCUUGUGACGGGCAUAUUAUGUACCAUUUUUAGUACUCAUUAUAAUAUCAAUUAAAAAAUUACAUUGAUGAAAGUUGUCUCUGAUUUUCAUAGAUUAUUGUAUUUAAUCAAUGUGUCAAUUUCAUCCAUAUUGAAAUACAAAUAAAUUUAUAACUGAU